AUGAACCUGAACAACGGCCACAACAAGGAACUAGAGUCCUUCUUUGUCGAUGUUCUAGGCGUGAGUACACUCGACGCUAGCAUUGUUUACAAUGAAUUGAUGGACCUCGCUGCAGGAGAGCCUACAGUAAAGGAGGUCAAAGAGCUUCUCUGGACUUUGAACUCUGAACUCGUAUCUCCUGCUGUGGACUCUUCCCCAAUGGACUUAUUGCAGCGUGCUGUUCUGCCAGUCAGGGAUGCUAGUGGAAAGCGACUUGAGAAUUAUUUUGGCGCCAGAAUCAAUCUCCUCGAUUUUAUGACCAAUGAAAUCAUCCAGCUCGGGCCUCUCAUCAAGUGGGUCAAACUCGAGCAAUACUACCUGUUGCGUCUAGUGAAGGAGACUACAGUGGUAGACGCAGAUGUCAAAUGGCCGGCCUCAGAGCCAAACCAAGACAUCAGGACAAAGGCUUAUGGAUUAUUUCGGGUCGCGACUCAUUUCAAGAGCCCCCGACUUAAUACCAACCACUCUCACCCUCGAGAUGGUGGCACGACGAUAACAGAGGAAAUUGCAAUCGAUGAUCUUCACACUGAAGAUGAUACCGAUGGGUUCAAGAUCUACGUUCCGCAUGACGAGAGGUUGCGAGAUGCGAGCUAUCAUUCGACUCUCCCGAAAGCCUUGGUCAGAUGGCUCCUGUCUGGUUCUAGCUCUCGGAGUCUUGAAGAUCCUGAUUCGGGCGCCAUAGCAGCCGUCCAGGGUAUUAUUAGUGCCAAAAAUUACUCAGUGGAACGUAUCCUCGACAACAUGGGGAUCAUCGAAGUCGACAUCCCCAAUCAGGACCCUGUGGUGGAGGCGAUCCCAGGUGCACUGAGCCUAUACACGGCAAUGCCAGGGGGCUCAUUUUCCUCAAAGCCUAGGGCGCCGGUUUCGAAAGCUGAAUCUGGCACUGAAGAUGAUAUCCCGGGACAAGAAACACGAGUAUCGCCCAGCCAACUCACCGCACCAACCGUGAUACUACAAGAGCAUGAAGCCCGAGAGUACAGAGCCCUCUUAUCGCAAGUUUUCCUGGCGGCCAGAAGAGCGCAACAUUUUGAUGAAGAUGAUUUGCAUUCGUCGGACUUUCCAUUCGCGAGCUCGGGUGGUCAGGUACACGAGACCAGAGUGUUCUUCGAAGACCAUCUGUUUGGUGCGGGCCUGGCCAGGAUCGAGCGGGACCAGAGAGUGGGAGCCGCUGGGGAGCUAUUCUCAAGCCCCCUUUGCGAGGGAUUCUCCCGCGACAACAGGCGAAGCACCAUCCGCGAAUUCGCAAGUCACCCCGACUAUGCAGACAUGACCGGCUGGGCUGGCUUCGAGACGUCUGAUAUGGAGUACCUUGAUUCAGACGGGGCACUGACCAUGGCUCUAAUACGCAAGGGCUACCUGCCGAGCUUUUGGGAGCAACGGAAGCCACACUAUUAUAUCGAAGUGAAGACUACUCCGGGCAAUAGGGACACUCCGUUCUUCAUGAGCCAAAUCCAAUACGAGAAACUGGCCAGCGAGGGUAGUUUGAGCUUUACGGCUGAUAGGUGGAUGGAUGGUGAGACCCACGAGGUAACUUACAUAUGGUCAAAUGGGACUUUCGCCCACGUCAUCAUCGACAAGGGAGGUGAUGCUGUUGCUGGUAUUCCAGGUGAUGAUCUUGGUGGCAGCAACUUAUCGGACAGUGUGCCACAACUUGCAACGAAGAAAGCCGCAGACUCGGUGGAUUUCCCUGUCUUCACACCUGAACGGGUAGCUACCGAGCCAGGGGACCAUGCCGGUCUCCAUCUCAUCAUUUUACUAAACAUCGUACCGCAGGGACCAUCACAAUGGCCGCGGUCAAAGUGCCAACAGAGCGAUACUACGAGUCUCAGUGAAGCUAGUGCGCCGUACGGUUGA